AUGGUCGGGGAGAUCCAAGGCUACACGGACCAAAACGAACGAGAGAACUUCUUCGCCGCGACUAAGGCUGUCUACUGUCCCGCAGCCAAAGGAACUGCUUCUCUUCUCAGCGCCGACGGCGAUAACGCAUUCACUGAGAGGACGCAAAUUCUACAGCAAUGGACCGACAACUUCAUAGGCGUCCUCAACCGGCCCUCCACCAUCUCCGACGCCGGCGUCAACCGUUUGUCUCAGGUGGAGACCAACGCCGACCUCGACCUCCCGCCCGCUCUCCAUGAAACCGUCAGGGCCGUGCAGCAGCUCUCUAGCGGGAAAGCGUCCGGAUCGGACGCCAUCCUUGCUGAGAUCAACAAGCACGGCAGUCCCCAACUUAUGACUUCCCGACAGCGCUCUUCCAGGAGGUGUGACCUCAAGGAUACGUCCCUCAGAAUUUCAAGAACGUCACAAUCGUCCAUCCGUGCAAACGAAAACUAA